AUGGCGUCCGAUGAGGGCCCGACUCUUGCGGCUCUGAAAGAAUGGAGGUCAUCGUUAAGUCCUCUCAGAGUCGACAUCGUCGGCGACUUCGCCGGGAAGGAGCUCUUCGCCAUCCAUGGCGAGUCGCUCGUCGCUCAUUGCCUCGCGCAAGCCAAAGUCGACUUCAAAGAUGGCUUCCAGCUGCUCCACGCGGUUCAUGCCGUCGAGACAUUCCUCAGCAAAUUGCAGGAGCGCGGUUGCAACUUCCAUGUCCUCUGGUUCGACAGCCAAGAGCAGCUUUGCGUGCCGCACGAUGUUUUUGAGAAAAACCGACACAAGUACCUAUUGACGCGUGCCGUUCUCAUGGAGCAUCUGCGCACCCCGACGCCCCGCGACAACACGACCACAAACCCUUGGCCAGAUGAUUCGGAUGAUUCGCCGGAUAUAUGGGCACACAGUUGGACGGAUGCUUCGACCGAUGCUUCCAUGGAUCUCAUCAGGCAUGGAACGCCUAUGAGCUUUGUCUUCUCUACCAUCCAAAGCAAAGAAUUCGAAGAGUACAUGGAGAAGAACUGUCUUCACUUCGUGAUGUGUUCUGAGGGAAGCGACUUUGACUCAGCGCCUGAGGUGAACGACAGUGUCGGUAGCGGCAACCACCUCAAGGCCAUGCGCUUGUUCGCCGACCAGGGACAUAACCUCGCGUUCAUUGAUGAUAUUGAAUUCCGGAGUUCCAAGGUCUACGCGCAUGUCGUCACGUCGGCGCGUUCCGAAGAUCCCAUCAAAGUAUCUGAGCCCGAGCCUCGCAGCAUUACGACUGACGAAUGGGUUCAGUUUGCAUCAGUAUUCGACAGCUGGUCGGAACUGAGACCUGUUCACCUCAGUGAUACCACAGAAGUGAGAGUGCGAGAUGAGAUCGCCUGGGUUGCGUGUGCCACUUUGUACUGGGCAAAGCCGGACGCUGCUACUGAGCAAUAUGUUACUGCUUUUCUUAUCCACAUUGCGCUUCUUGAACACACUGAGCUUACUCGACGAUCCUGCGAUGCGCUGGAGGAGAGCAUACCUGAUGACGUCGCUUCGUUUCUCGAAGGGUUCUCGAACAUUGCCAUCCCAAUGAUUCGGAAGUGGAUGAUCAGCCGCAAGUCCAUGGGUGCGCAUGUCAACUGGAGAGUCUUCGACCUGGUGGACGGACGGGUCUUUCUGCACAUUUUGCAGAAGCUUCAAUCUAAGAAACUUGCUGUGGACUUUCGACAGAUUGAAUAUCAUCACAGAGAAAUCCGACUACUUAUCGAUGUGGAUAUGGAGCGCCUCUUGUCUCAACAAGACCCCACGGACGAGCAGCCUGCGUUGAAUGCCGCCCCAAUCUUCGACCUCCUCAACAUGGAGCUGGAGAAGACACGCGCUGCCAACAAAGUACUGCCCUUCAGCCAUCCCGUGCUGGACUCUUACUUGAAGGAAAUCCAGCUCGACACCGACCAAGACUGGCAGAAGUCAUCUACAGGCUCCAAGAUCUUCCAAGAUCUCACACACUGGCACAAUGCGAAGAGACCGCUCGACGCUAAAGCCCAAAGCAAACCAAUGGAAUGGCGGGCCCACAGAAGAAUGCAGAGAUUCAUGGCAGAUACCAUGAAAUACUCGGCUAGCUUGACCAAUGCUUCUGGCAAGAACAUCGAGCCAGAGCCUAUUGUUGCUCAUGGCACCCGCAACAACGGCCAAGCAGACAACGGAAAAGACGAUGCGGAGGCGAACUCCUGGAAGAAGCAGCUUUCGCAGAAAGACGCCGCUAAGGCAGUCAAGCGCGGCGCAGGAAGUGGAACGAUAAAUGCCCGGAAAGCAGGCGAGGAGCUCAAGAACGCCAGGCUGGAUUCGAGAGGUGCUGCUGUCAUUACCUUCUUUGCACAGCAGUACCAGGACUUCAACAAGAUCCAGUCGCCGGCCAAGAGAUAUCUGAAGGCAAACAGGUACAUGCUGGGUCUCUCGAAUCAAGACAGACAGACAUUUGGAGGAGAGUUGUUGCUGUACAUUUGCGAGACCUUGUUGGAGCUCCUCGGCGAGCCGCCUUUCAUUGCCAAAGGUGAGAUGAAAACGUUGCAACGGGAUGAGACUGAAGUAUUGGACAACAAGCUAACGAAAGAGUUCACAGAUAUGAGUAUCAUUGCCCUCCUUCGUUCCCAUCUGUUGCAUACAAACACCGUGUCUCUUACCAAACCAACAAGGAGGCACCUCGAAUCCCUUGCACGCGCCAUGCGGCUCCCACCGCCUCCGAGCGCUGAUUCCAAGACCAUCGAUCGCCCGAUCCCCUUCGCAAGCAAAACGGCUGUCGCGAAAGAGGUUUUGAAGAGAGGGUUCUUCGAGGAGAAGGCUGCUCGAAAGUUCCAGUUGGAACACUGCGGACCGUAUCUGGAACGAAGCUUCGACUCUGCCCCCGAUGGCCGUGUGCCCUUCGAGCCGGAUGCCUGGCAGAGAAAAGUUCUCGACGCAAUCGAUCAAGACAAGAGUCUCUUCGUGGUGGCCCCAACGUCUGCCGGAAAGACAUUUAUCUCAUUCUACGCCAUGAAAAAGGUCCUCCAAGCUAACGACGACGACGUUCUUGUGUAUGUCGCUCCCACAAAGGCGCUUGUGAACCAGAUCGCGGCCGAGAUCCAGGGUAGGUUCUCGAAGACGUACCACACUGCCGGCAGAUCUAUAUGGGCAAUCCACACUCGCGAUUACCGCAUCAAUAACGCCACUGGUUGCCAAGUACUGGUCACUGUUCCUCAUAUUCUGCAGAUCAUGCUCUUGGCCCCAUCCAAUGCCAAAAAGGCCAAUUCUUGGUCCCACAGAGUGAAGCGCAUCAUCUUCGACGAAGUUCACUGCAUUGGUCAGGCAGAAGACGGCAUCAUCUGGGAGCAACUUCUGCUUUUGACCCCUUACCCCAUUAUUGUAUUGUCUGCAACGGUCGGAAACCCUCUCGAGUUUAAGGAGUGGGUGGCUGGGACCCAGAAGGCAAAAGGCUUUAACCUUGAGAUGGUUAUCCACUCUGCGAGAUACUCAGAUCUGCAAAAGUUUAUAUACUAA